ACUAACAUGGCUACCCCUCUAUGACUUUUAUACACAAUUACCUGCAGAGAGAACCUCCUGAAGCAAGACAAACUGAUUUUUAACAACCAUCAGGAAGAAGGAACUGAGAGGGACUUGAGGCAACCUUUCUUUACACACAGUGGCAUACAGCAACAGAAAGGAUGCUUGAAGUGACCCAACAGAGAAAACGAGUGUGGGAUGCUGAAUGUACAUCUUUUCCAGAUGAGACACCUCUAGGGUUGAGAAAAGCAAAUGUUGGGACAGCAGUGGCUACUUCUUCCAUUUCCAGUGCAUGGAUUAGAUGUGGUGAUGGAUUUGAGAGCACUUCCGUGCCUGAGGCAUCAGAAUCUUCUGAAAAGAACUCUAGAGCUAAUAAGCAUCUUGGGCUACUGCUUACCUCUGCUGAAGGCACACUAGGAGUUUCUACUGCUGACAACUCAGAGGAGCUUGCAGACAUAGUAUGGAGCUCUAGUGGCAGUGAUUUGUCAGGUGAUGAGAAUAAAAAAUCGAUUUCAAGGUUGUAUAACCAAAAGAAUCAUGUUUCCAAAGCCCAGAAAACUUGCAGCAGUCAUAACUUACUGUUAGAGGACAGGAGUAGUGAAGGUGAACCACAGUUCAUUGAGUGGGAGAAGGACAGUGAUUUUGGGGAUGAUGAUGAAGAAUGUAAUGGAUCAGGAAAAGAUGACAAAGCCUUGGACAUAUCAGACUCGGAUUCGUGUGCAAACAGUAAUUCUCUGCCUCUUGAAGAGAAGGAAGAUGAAUUGCCUAAGACAGUUUCUACAGAAAUUUCUGAAUAUUCAUCUGAUAGUGAAAACUUGGAAGAAGGCCAGGUGGAUGCAGAGUCUUCCAAUUUUGGAUUUAGCAAAAAGCUGCAAUCAAGUUCUGAACCAGAUCUGGUGCAGGCUACAAGCAGAUCUGCAAGUGACUGGCUAAAAUCUGCACAGGCCCUUCUGCAGACACCUAAGAAACAAUCAGAUAAGACUUCAAGGACUCCAGAAGAUUCUGCAAAGAAGAGGAAAUUACUAAGAGGAGGGCUAGCAGAGAGAUUAAAUCGGCUACAGAACAGAGAGAGGUCUGCCAUUAGCUUUUGGAAACAUCAAUGUAUUUCAGAGUAUAAAACCUUUUCAGGAGGCAAAUCUGGUGUAUUAAUUGUGAAGAUCUUAGAGGUGCAUGAGGAAUGUGCUAAGCAAGUUGCUCUCUGCCAGCAGCUGGGACAGCUGCCUGCUGACAGCUCCUCUGAAGUUGAUGUCAUUGAUACUGAGACCAGAUUAAAAGUUCUUUUUACAAAGGAAACAGCAGCUCACCUCAAGGGAGGUCCACAGGAUAUUGUCCACAUUUAUCCUCCUUGGCAAAAGCUCCUUCUCCAUAAUGAAAAUAUCCCUGUUAUCAUGAAUACAUAUUUUAGUCAGAAGGUCCUUCUCAGAGAUCAUACAGAAGUGAAAGAUAAGACACGUAGUCCAGAGACGUUGCAUAUUAGAAGGAACAUUAUAUCUUUGGCACAAAUAUUCCGAUUAAAUGACCUCAGAGACAGUCUGCCCCAGGAAUCUGCAGUUAAUCAGGUUGCUUGUACCAAUACUAUUAUACCAAAGACUGUACAGACUCACAGCAACGCUGAGUCCAAACUACAUCCCUUUGUACUCAAUGCCCCAAAUGACUCUCUCCUUGAAGUAGUGGAAAGCCAAGGAGCAGCAGGGUGGAAAGAAGUGCAGGUACAAGUGGUGGUCCAAAGGGUGUACUAUCUACCAGGAAGAGAGGGUUUCAGAUGGCAGCAUCAAGGAAAUAACCCAAUUAAUUAUGGAACACCAAUUUUAAAUUCAGAUCUGCCAAAUGUUAGAUUAUGCCUCCUUGUUCAGGAUGCUUAUGGAAUGUUCAGUGAAGUGCAGUUGCAGACCCCUACUUCUGGAGAAGACAUUGAACAGCAUAGCAGCAUAUGGGAAGCAAAAUCCUGCACUUUAACUGGAAUGAGAAUUUUGCAGAGAACCACAAGGGGAAGGGCACUGGGACUUUUCAGUCUGAUAGACAGUUUGUGGCCUCCAUUAGUACCUCUGAAAGUUCCUGGUCAAAGUCAAGAAUGUGAAGCGAUUAAAAGUAACCUUCCUCCUCCCAGCUUCUGUUACAUUCUUACAACUCAACCAGAUACAAGACAUGCUAAUGUAAGUGAGGAAGGCCGGAUUUCUAAUUUGUACCUGCCCCCAACUGUGCAUAGUCUAAAGGAAAUUCUUCAGGUUGGUGAUUUUAAUCAACGUUGUAGCUUUUGGGCACGAGUUAUAUAUCAAAGGCUGCAGGUAAAAUGUAGUGUGUCUGUGGGCCAAAAGGAGUUUUGGUUGUUUGUGACGGAUUUCACACUGCAGAACGGGGCUAAAGGCAACUGUGGAAAUCCAAAGACUGUACCAAUAUAUUUUGCCUCAUCUUGUGUUCUCGAUAAGAAGGUGAUGGAGGCACUCACCAGUGCUUCCCACUGCACUAUCUUCUUCAAGGAUGCUUUACAAGGAAAUGGUAGGAUUAUUUGUGUUGAACGUACCGUUCUCUUGUUACAAAAGCCCCUUUUGUACACGGCUCCUGAGGCUGACUUUAGUGAACUGACUGGCCCUGUCAAACUAGAUGAACUGGAUUCUACAACACAGGCCAAUUCCAUUUGUACCAUAAAAGGCAUUAUCUCUGGAGUUAAUGAGAGCACGGCCUUCUCUUGGUCCACAUGUAACAGAUGUGGCAAUGACAAACUGGAGCAUCAUCCACAGGAUAGACGAUCAUAUUACUGCAACCUAUGCUCCCAAGCUGUAAUUUUACCAGUUCUCAAAAUGCACCUGGAAGUCUUUCUGCAAUGUCCAUCCCGACCUCAUUGCACAGUAAAAGUAAAGCUGUUACAAAAAACAAUUUCUUCUGUCCUGAUGUCAUCAUCUACUGAGGAUGGGAGUUAUGAGGUGAAGAGUGUGCUGGGAAAAGAGGUGGGGUUAUUAAACUGCUACGUCCAGUCUGUUAGCAGCCAUCCUAGCUGUGUUGGAUUGGAAGAAAUUAUCCUACUGGAAGCAGGAAGAAAGUAAACUGAAUGUUGUCAGCUACUAUAAUAUCUAUGGACUUUGUAAUGUAAUGUGGUUAUUUGUUAACUAUGCCCACAGAAAAUGUAAAAUGCAAGCAUGAUAAAUACUGACAUAGUUUAUUAAAACAGAUUUAGAAAUUAUUGUUAAACUUUAAAAAAACCAAGUAUAUUUACAAACACUGAUUUUUCAGAACGUUUAUAUUGUAUGGUUUUGAUCAGUCCAGUAUUUAAGAAUAUAAUUCUUGAGACUGGUCUCUUGGCGUAAAUGUUCAGGAAUGUAAACCAACUUUUUCUGGAGGUUUGAAUGUUUGUAAAGAAUGUUUUUGUGAUACUUUUAUAGUGGGCGGUAAACAUAUUUUAUUUGUGUCAAAAGAAUAACUUUGUAAAUGUUAUUUGAGGAAUAACGAUUUUAUCAUGAAUGGUGGACUGUGAUUAAAGUGUAUGUUUUAUAAUUUCCAGAAGCAUUAUGCACUGCACACCAUUGAUACUAAAUUGUAAUGUUAUUAGCACACUGCAAUAAAUAUUACAAAUGCAGAUUUUCAUGAGCCUCAUCUUACAGAAGUGACAAAUGGUGUCAAAAGUAUAUGCAGCUAAUGUUUUAGUCAUUUCUAACUAUACAAAUACUGCAAAAACCACAAGGAGUCCUGUGGCACCUUAAAAACUAACAAAUUUAUUUGGGCAUAAUAACCUUUCAUGGGUAAAAAUCCAAUGUGUCAGACGCAAUCUGUUUUUACUCACAAAAGCUUAUAUGCCCAAAUAAAUUAGUCUAAUGUACCACAGGACUCCUAAUUGUUUUUGCAGAUAGACUAACAUGGCUAUCCCUCUGAGACUUAUAGAAAUACUGUGGCAUCUAACUUCCCAUAAAGUGGUCGUUUCAUUAUAUACUAUGUGUAAGAAAAGAACAAACUGGUUAAGGGAUGACUUAAUUGUGCUGAUAGCUAUAUGGGAGAUAGAUUGGUUAUAACCAGGGCUCACUGAACUGCAGCGAGCCCCGCUCACCAACCACGCUGUCCAGCAAUCUGCGCGUGCACAGAUAGUUCUGCGCAUGCGCAGAUCGCCCGAACCGGCUCUUCCAUGGCAGGUAGAUUGUAUAAUUUGUCGAGCCCUGGUUAUAACCAUAUCUGAGAUUCUUAUUUUCAUUUGUAUUCUGAACAAAAUUUAAUGUAAGACUAGACAAGUAACUGAUUUCUUUGUCCUGUACAGCACAGAGCACAUUGUCUGCACUUGAUGAAAGAUCAGUAGACCAGAGUUAUGCAGUAAUUGGUUUUGCAUGCUGAAGUGUGUGCUAUUGAACAAAUAACUAAACUGUCUCCUAGUCAUUUCUGGUGUCAUGAUUGAUGAUAGCACUCUUGAACGUUAAUAAAUAACUGAGCCUUUUGAGCCAACAAGUACCCUUCUUCCUUAGCGCUUUUACCUUGAGAAAAAAAAGCUACAAAUGAUGGGCUUCAUCCAUCAGAUACUACCCAGGGCAAUGCUUGCUGCUGUGAAUAGUCAAACUGAAAUCUAUUUUCUGAAUCUAUUUUCUGCUGGUAAGCACUUCACCCUGGUAGUGUUUGCAGCAUUAUAUCAAGUUUUCUACAGGCUGUUGCCACCCCCACUUAUGCUGUAAGAGGAAUACUUCUAGAUUAUGCACAAAUUUAGGUGACUAAAUUGACUUAAAUAUAUGCAGUUAUUUUCAAUGGCAGCCCUCACUGUCAGAACUGCACAGCAAAGCUGAUGAGUGUGUUGAGUAUGAUUUAAGAAUACCAAAAUGUGUCCCAACAAAAACCUGAAGAUUCAGGUACUUGCAGCAAUAAUGUAAAUAACAUGUUUAUUCCACCAUGAAUUCACCUUUCCUUCACAGCCUUAAAAUUUUUUUGUACAACAGUACAACAUGGGUUGACCUGAUUUGGGGGUAUUUUACAGCUGGAACUCUUAACUGUUGCCUUGAGGUUUUCACAGUUUAAUAGCAAAACUUAGCUUCCCUUGUGUUUAUCAUGCUACUUGAGAACCAUGGUAGUAGGAAAUGGCCUACUUGUUAACACAGUUCAGCUUCUGGUGGAAAGUAUUAGCUUGAACUGUUAUAGCAAUUACUGCCAUAGUGGCAAAAAAUAAUUUUAAUCUUAAUACACAGUGUUGUCUCCAUUUAAUGUUUAAAACACUUAGUGCACUAAGAAAUCCUAGUCAUUUUUCUGAUUUAAUAAUAUUGAAAAUGAAGUUUGUAAGAACAUGUACUUAACACACGCUUACUACAGAUUUUACUGAUGAAAUCACAUGCUUAUAUUAAUGCUAUGAAUGUUUGCAGCUCCUGAAAAGUAAGGCUCCAUCUGUUGCAUUUACUCUCACCAGUCUGGCUCCGAAGCCUAGGGUAAAGACAUGAAGCAAAAGUGAUUUAAAAUGCUUUUUUUUUAUUCUUAGAAUUGCUGUAAAAAUUGAUAUAAAAUGUUGAGCAUGCUCAGUCUUUCCUUCUGUUAUCUACAGUAUAAAGGGUUUUUGAAUCAUUUUUACAAAAUGUACCAUAGCUGCAUCAAUAUGAAUAAAAUGUAGAAAAAGAACAAAAACUACAAUUACAAAAAUAAGUUAAGGAGAAAACCACAAAAGUUUAGCUCUUUUUUCCCUUUCUCUCUCUCUCUCUCUCUAUAUAUAUAGAUAGAUUUUUUUUUUGCAAGUUUGGCGGUUAAAGACCCAGGCUUAGUCCAAUCUUGCUACAACAUUCAAAAGAAA